AUGGGAUCCGGCCAGUUCGACAAGGCCGCUAUUUUGAGCUAUGACAUCUCCGACGUUGAGGCCCAGUCCCCCACCUUCAAGAUCUCGAAGGAGGAAAUCGCCGGCCUGAAGGCUGCUUUCGCCAGCCCCGGCAGCGCUUUCCAGACCGGCUUCACUGUCGGUGGUGACAAGUUCGUCGCUAUCAAGGCUGAUGACCGCAGUCUCUACGGCAAGAAGGGCAAGGAGGGCAUCGUCGUCGUCAAGGCCGUUUCUUGCGUCAUGGUCGCUCACCACGGCGAGGCCGUCCAGACCACCAAUGCUGCAACCGUCGUCGAGAACCUCGUUGACUACAUCAACAACCCCCGGUGA